CAGUGACCAAUUACGUUAAACGUCAAAUUUUGAAUUUCAUGUGGCUGGAUAAGGAUAACUAACGUAGUGGUAAUUAUAAUAAAGUGAAAUAAUAAAAGAAGUUAUACAAAAUGCGAGCAAUUUCUGUUAAAUUCAUAUUAAUCUGACAUGGCAUUACUAAAUUACAAUUAAAUAUAAAAACGAUCAUUAAUUACAAGUGAGCAAUGGAAGAGCCAACAUUACGUUAUGAAAAGAUAGAUUUUUUGGGAGAGGGUCAGUUUGCCACCGUAUACAAAGCAAGAGAUGUGAAAACUGACAAAAUCGUUGCUGUAAAGAAAAUUAAAAUUGGCUCAAGACUAGAGGCACAAGAUGGUAUUAACAGAACCGCUCUCAGAGAAAUCAAAUUGUUACAAGAGUUACAACAUAUUAACCUUAUUGGACUUCUAGAUGUAUUCGGACAAAAGUCAAAUGUCUCCUUGGUGUUUGACUUCAUGGACACUGAUUUAGAAAUAAUUGUAAAAGAUAACAAUAUUGUGCUUACUCCAGCCAAUGUGAAAGCCUACAUGAUAAUGACUUUAAAAGGCUUGGAAUACUUACAUCAAAAUUGGAUAUUACAUAGAGAUUUGAAACCUAAUAACCUUCUUAUUAAUAGAGAAGGAAUUUUAAAAAUUGGUGAUUUUGGUCUGGCAAAAGCAUUCGGAUCACCCACGAGAAUAAACACCCAUCAAGUGGUCACAAGAUGGUACAGAUCACCAGAGCUUUUGUUUGGAGCUAGGCAAUAUGGCACAGGAGUGGAUAUGUGGGCAGUAGGCUGUAUACUAGCUGAACUAUUGCUUAGAGUGCCCUUCUUACCGGGAGAGUCUGACCUAGAUCAACUGUCUCGUAUUUUCCAAGUAUUUGGUACACCGACAGAAGAAACAUGGCCCGGCAUGAAGACUUUGACAGAUUAUGUUCAGUAUAAACAAUUUCCUGCACAGCAAUUGCGCCAUAUAUUUAGUGCUGCAUCAGAUGAUCUUUUGCAAUUGUUGGAAAGCUUACUUGCUCUGUAUCCACCUCGCCGCUGUGACUGUACACAGGCUCUACAAAUGUCAUACUUCAGUAAUAAGCCGGCACCUUCAUUUGGCCCAAAACUGCCAAUGCCUUCAAAUAUAACAAAGAUAGAAACAGAAAAGCCAUCACUUAAAAGAAAAUUACUUGAUAAUAUUGACGGAGGCUUACUUGCAAAAAAACUUCAAUUUUAAUAUUAUUUACUAAUAAAUUUGUAAUUAAUGUAGGUAUACCAAAAUCUAUGAUUUCAUGCUAAUAAUGCUGGCAUAAUGACACUGCCGAGUGCAUAAGAUAAAAGUGCAAUUAUAACAGAGUUAUUGUUAAUGAAUUUUAUAAAUGAGACUGUGUUUUUCUGCAUAUAUUUUAAUGGGUGAGUACAUAAAGCCGGACUUUGAACAUCGAGCUGACUUUCAUAUGUUAAGAUUUAUUAUAAGACAAAUGAUAUGGAAUUAUAUAUUUG